AUGGGGAAUGGCGAGAGCUCCAUGGCUUUAGACAAGCAUCUAUUCGAGCUGAAGUUUGCUUCGAAGCAGCUUGAACGUAGUGCAGCUAACUGUGAAAAACAAGAAAAAGUAGAGAAGGACAAGUUAACAGCAGCUAUUAAGAAAGGAAACAUGGAAGUUGCGAAAAUUCAUGCUGAGAACGCAAUCCGCAAGAAGAAUGAGGCUGUUAACUACAUUAGAAUGGCAGCAAGAAUUGAUGCUGUAGCUGCUAGAGUUCAAUCAGCCGCUACACAGAGACGUGUAACUCAAAGUAUGGCUGGUGUUGUGAAGGCAAUGGAAAGCGCCAUGAAGAGUAUGAACUUAGAAAAGGUUCAACAAUUAAUGGAUCGCUUUGAACGGGAUUUCGAAAACCUCGAUGUACAAUCAGCCACCAUGGAAAAUACUAUGGUUGGAUCUACAGUUAUGAAUGCUCCUCAGUCACAGAUUGAUGCCCUGAUUUCGGAGGCCGCAGACAAAGCCGGAAUCGAAAUCAACGCGGAGUUGCCGGCAGUUGUUCCAACGGCAUUGCCUACAGGUCCUCAGUCUGUAGCUGAAGACCAGGAGCUCACCCAAAGAUUAGCAGCGCUCAGAAAUAAUUAA